GCAAAGGCUGAACCUACUCCCAUCUGCAGUCAUCACUCAUAUUUGAUAUCCUGUAUAAAUAAAUAAGCUUUAUGUUACCAGGUGAAUAGCAGCUGCUGCAAAGCUGCUUUCAGAGAUAGUCAAUAACCAAGUGGAAACAUGAAUAUCUUGAAAUUGCUCAGUUUGCUGUUCAUCCUGAUUCUCUGCCUUGGGACGUUUUCAGCUGAAAGUGCAGGUGCUAAAGCUAGAAGAAGAUGUUGCUGCAAAAUGAAGAGGUCAGACAAAGCACACAAAAGGAUUGGAAGACAUUCCAAGAAGCACUGCUGUAGGCCCUGUGGCAGAAAUCAAUUUCCACAGAAUAUAUUACUUCCUGGGCCUUUGCCUCAAAGCUGAAGAAAAUUAUUUAGAUACUUGGAUUGCCUUUUUGCACUUGAACUACUUCUGAUUUGGAAUCUUUUCCUUUCCAGAAAAUCUUCAUUCAGUAAUAUCCAUUCAUCCACAGGAAGUCUCAGAUCUGUUAAGGCAUUUGGUUUAUUAAAAAGGGUCCAAAAUUCA